GGGAUGUGUCAAUUUAUAUUGUGGCUAUGUCUCCUCGCCGUCAUUUUCGUGACUUUAUCCGACUGUAAAAUGAUUCCCGUUACUAAAAGAACGCCACGACCAAAGAAGACCAAAUAUAUUCUUCCUAAAGACUUCUUGGAAAGAGGCAAGAGCCUCUUGGCCAGCGUCAAAAUACCGAACCAAGAAUUCUGUUCAGAAAUGAUCCUUUUGCCUGAAGACCAGUAUGUAGUUUUACCAUGGUGGUUCAACUACUGCCAGGAGCUUAGAGAGAAGUCUGCAAAAGGCAUUACUGGUAAUGUACACUAUACAGCCAUACAUAGGCACAUUCUUGAUGAGUUGCAAGCGUAUAAGAAGAAGGUGAGGGAAAAACAACAGAAGAAAAUGAAGUAUCAGAUGGAAUUGGCAUCGUGAUGUUUUGUUUUUAUUUUGAAAUUAUAUGGCUUGUGUGGAUUUUUUGUAGUUUAUUUGUUGCCAGUAUUUUUUGUUGCGCGAGCGUCUAAGAAGGUUGUAUUCUGAUACCUAUCAAAGUGUGUCUUAGACUAACUCUAGAUAAUGAAUCAUUCAACCUCUUGCAGAAUAUGUAAAGAGAUAAGUAAGAAGGAUUUUUAUUUUAUUCGCAUAAGUAAGAUUUCUCAGAAUAUGUCGAAAUUCCAAAAAAGGAACUUAGCUUUAAUGAAUUAAGUAACAUUGCAUGUAAUAUGUUGAGAUUAAUUCAGUGAUUACCUAUGGGGACAACGUUUUUACCUGAUUAAAUGCAUGGUUUAGAUGGUCUA